UUGUAGUACUUUUUUAUUUUUUAUUUCAGCAACCGGGUAAAUUAAACUUAAAAAAUUUCUCGGUCGUGACAGAAACUAUAGCCAGAAUGAAUAUUUGCGGCAAUGAUAACCGAAGUUCGAAAUACGGCACCGCUCCAUUAGCUACUCCUGAAGUAGUUGAUUUAGGUUCAGAAUAUGCGCAAGUUAAGGAUAUGGUUCAUCCUUACUCGAGGGAUACUGAAUAUAUGUAUACAUUAGUACAGGAUGCUAUUAGUGGCAAGGCCAAAUUAAGACAGAGACGCGAGAAGGGUCAGCCAUCCUAUUCUGAUACUGAUAGUGAGUGGAGUAGUUUAGAACGCAGGCAAAGAGCUAGCGAGGUCUAUUCUAAAGUAAAUCGCAAACCAGGAACUCACAAAAGAACGCGAAGAAAAAGAACUGUUAUUCCUGUACAACCGCCUAGAGUACCGCAAUUAGGCGCUAAUUAUUCGCUAGUUCCUGUACAGGCCACGCCUAAUAACGAUGUCGAAACAGAUAAAGCUAAUGUUGGCACCGAUUCUAAUUCGGAAUCUUCAGAAGUGAGUGAUGUCGAACAAUUUCCAUCACAGACUGAGCCCCUUCACAGGUUUUCUCAAAAGCGCUCCUUUAGCUUAAAGAAACGUGUACCUGUGCCAGUAGUUGUACCAGUUCCGCCUGAACUACAUAAUACUCAUAAUUUGAAUCUCAAUUCACCAGACUUGUUUUUGGUUAAACCAAAUUCGUAUGUAAAUAUACAUGACGACGAAUCUAGCAUAGAUGUUUCUUCACCACAUGACAAUUCCCAAAUGUUUGGCGUUCUUCCGAAACAUUAUAAAGAUGUUGAAAGAGAAAAGAUUUUAAGAAAGAGGGAGAAACAAAAGGCAAAAGACGAAUCCAAAUUAGAGAAGCGUAAAUUAAAGGAGGAGAAGCUACGUAAGAUAGCUGAUAAAGAAAAGGAAAGAGAUAAGAAGAAGCAACAAAAAUUGAAACAGAAAUCAGCUUCAACUGGAGGAAUACCAAAAAUUGCAGACUUCAUUCAGGUAUCUGAUAUCAAUUAUAUUCCCCUUUUUAUCGAAAAAUGUGUGAAGUUUAUAGAAGAAGAAGGCUUAGAUUCUGAAGGAAUAUAUAGAGUUCCUGGCAAUAGAGCACAUGUUGACUUGCUGUUUCAAAAAUUUGAAGAAGAUCCAAAUAUUAAAAUUCAUGAAUUAGAUAUACCUGUUAAUACUGUAGCUACUGCUUUAAAAGACUUCGUAUCGAAACGUUUGCCUCCAUUAUUUGAAGAGGAUAUUAUGACUGAACUGGAAGAGAUUGCAGGUACGAGAAUUAAGCCAAUGGCUACAACUACAGGUAAUAUGGAAGUAAAAGCUGACCGUAGUUGCCGACUUCUUGCAUUGCGAAGUAUGCUAGAUAAACUUCCGCCUGUUAACUUUGCCGUUUUGAAAUUCAUCUUUCAACAUUUUGUAAGAGUGGCAGAAAAUUCUAAGUUGAAUAACAUGGACAGCAAAAAUUUGGCAAUAUGUUGGUGGCCAACGUUACUUCCAAUUGAGUUUAGUGACAUGGGCAGAUUUGAACAGAUGCGUCCAUAUUUAGAAGAUAUCGUCCAAACAAUGAUCGACCAGUAUCCAUUUCUAUUCUGUGGCAAAGAAGCGUUCGUAAUGGUAUAAUAGUUUUUCAGGGAGCUGUUACGCACAAAUUAAAACAUUCCAACAAUAAGUAAAACUUAAAAUCGGGGGCCUUCCUGAUGUCACGUUUACUCGAAUAAAGGUAGACAUUUUGGAAAUAUGUUGACAGAUUUUGUAUUUUCGUAUAAGUGGCUGAUGUUAUCAGUUGUGGUGAUUGGUAUUUUUACAAUAGUAGGAUAAAUGCUUCUGAAUAAUUGAAACGUUAAAAAGGAAGGAGAAAUUGUUGAUAAUAAUUUUCAAAUUGUAAUGAGCAAAUUUAUUAAGAGGAAAAUGCUCUUGAAUAAGCUUCAGAUUUUUGAUUUUGGUAAAAAUUUAUAUUUACCAUUUUCUAUUGAUGACUGACUGAAAGGUACAAUGCUAUUAAAAAAUGAUAUAGGAUUAUUACCCAUAUCCGUGUUGUGUGUAAAUUUAUAAAAAAUUGAUACUUUGAUGUUGUGUUCCCUUGGCAGAAAAUGUAUUCUUAAUACAAAAAACAUGCAAAUUACUUACACUUACACUUUUUUUUUAUAAUAACAAACAUUCUGUCUUUUAGUCACUUUUAGUUACAGUGUAAUCCACAAUUUAUACUUUUUUUACUCAAAAGGGCUUUAAUUAAUACUCAAUUAGAUAAUUAGCUUUUUUUAAUUUUAUAAUUGACGACGUAUAUUUAAAAUAGCUUUAAUUUAUAUGUGAUGCUCAUUAUCGAAAUUAACAGUUUGCUUUUUUUGCAUAUAUAAUAAAAAUAAUACAGGUUAACACAAAUUUCAAGGCAUAGAGAAAAAGAUCCCAUAAAACAGUACAAUUUAGAUGAAAAUAAUUAUAAUACGUAUUUUGCACUAUUACCAGUGAUAACAAGUAUUUGUAGCUGUUUAGCCAUAAAAACGUUUAAUUAUUUUACAAUGUAACAGUAAUUGGUAUUUUUGUUGAAAUAUUGUGGAUUAUAUUACCUGGUUAAAAUGCUUCGUUUUCAUUAGAAAAUGUGUCUUAAUAAAAAUUAGUAUUUCAAUUGUAAUAAUUUUUUGUAUAAUUUAUUGUAACAUCUUGCGCAGCAAUGAGAGGUAAACUAAGCUGGUCACGGCUUUUCUAGUCUGACUUUUGGAUCAAGUAGGUCCAUGCUAUCAAUGUAAUUUGGUGUAAUUGAAUUUUAUAAUGGUGAUAUAUUCUGUUUAUUAUUUAUUAAUUUUUAUUAUUAUUGUUUCAUAUUUAACUGAAAUAUAUAUUAUUGACCACAGUAUGUAUAUGCAAUUCUUGUUUAGCUAAACGUUCAGAUAUAUCUGUUUCUUUUUCUGGGAAUUGAAUUUUUAAAAUUAUUUUGACUGAAAGAGUUGGUCAAAUCGACCAUAGUAUUUAAGCUUACACUUGCUUAAUGAUUUGAAGGUCUUGGUCUUGUAAAUAUUGUUUUAGCGCUUUUUUCCAAUUAUUACCAGGACCUACAGAUUUCUGUCAUGUGUUGAAUAGGCUACAAAUAUAUGUAAUAUAUGUGGAUAUAACAGUAGUUAUUAACAAUUGAUCAACUCGUAAAAGUUCUCCUAGGUACCUAUAUGUUUUUGUAAUGAAGGAUUUGUAUUGAUAUUUAUCAACUGCCUAAUAAUAACUGUACGCUGUAAA